GGUACUUGGUAAUGUUGUUUUAGCCUUUUAGGUGUUGUGUCACUUAGUGAUGGAUUUCUCCAGCUUGUUUCGUUUGAGAUCUCGGUUUUUGCAGAAAUCAUUACAGAGAUUGUGUUUUGGUUUGAAGGAAAGAAGAAUCUUUCGAUGCAUAUUAUAUUCCGAUUGGCUUAGCAAUAAUGACAAACAAAGGAAUCAACGAUCGAUUGUAUUUCGAUAAUGAUCUUUUCAACGGCAGAAAUUGAUGUUGGAUUUCGUAAAAUUACUCAUCGAGCAUGUGUCGUGUUUGUAUUCAGUUGUUGACACGUGGGUUUUGGUGGAAUCCACACAAAAUUUCUUCUACAGUAGACAAUAAUCUGAUAGACUUUUAUUGUACCUCAAAUAUUUCUCUAAACUUUUCGUGGGAGUUUUUGGUAGUCCAUGUAUGGUCUGGUUAUGUUUAAUAAAAUAUUACAAUUGGGAAAAAUGGAAAUCUAUUUUAAAUGCUAAAAAAUACAAGUAA